GGCGCCAUGAUUUUCCUGAGGAUGCGGCUAGAAAAUGGUCGCUUCCUGCUUGAAUAAACGCGCAGCCGACAGGUGAAAGGUUCCCCGCUGUUUAAAGCUCGCAGUUGAAAACACGUGUUCACUGGUUCCAGUAGAGACCAAAAUGGAUUUGUUGAUGUUAGAAAUACUCAGAGUUUCGCUUACAAAGCGGAGCAGAGUGAGCUAGGUAGCUAAUGCUAUCAGCGAAGCUAGCUGGGUGAGGCUAGCACAGGAUACUAACCGGUUUUUAUCACAAAUAUUGAACAUUUGAUUCUGCUUGGUUAAAUGGCAGAGGUGUUACAGGACCAAAGCUCACACCUUGAGUAACAGGUAUGACCCGGUUCUGAUUCGGACAGUCCUGGUGAUGGCAGAGGGGACUCACACUGGCGAAAUGCCCUCCUUUGACCCAAGUCCUGGUGGUUCUGAAGCUAAAAAGAGACCCAUUUCAUCAGAUGGCAGAGACGAACCCAUGAGGAAAAUGCCUUUGACAAAGUUUGGACCCCAACCUCGGUUUGAGCCUGUGCACUUUGUUAGCGGUGGGAGCAGCGGAGGAACCGGCACCGAUGAGAAGGAGAACGAUAAGGAGCGCAGGAAGAGUGAGUCGCACGGCGCCAGACUGUGGGAGUCCCACCACUCUACCGCUAGCGGCUGGGCGCAGGGCUUCUCCUCCCUCAGGCCCGCUUUCGACCGAGUGCCGUCGCACUCCAGUGACUUUUGGGGUUCCCACAUGGACAGAGACGGUAGCACUAGUGGACUGGGUUAUGGAGGCCGCGUGUCGUCUUCGAACUACAUGGCAAAAACACAGCAGGACUACACUGCCAAGUACGUAGCGCACGCCUCCUCUCACAGCUUAAACUCGUACUCGAAGCCGCAGAGGUUUAAUGGCUACGGCGGCGGCAGCAGAACCAGCAGCUGGGAUGCGGGUCGUCAGGGUUUGGGUUACGGCCAUCAGGACCGGCCUUUCAGCAGAGUCUACAGCGGCCCAAGCGCGGCCAGUCCCAAAGCAGCAGAGUACGCGAAGCCUCUUCUGAUAUCUCACUCCACGCUAGAUGAGAAGCAGAGGCUGAUCACCAGUGUUGCCAACGCGUUAUCCGUUGCCUUUAGGAACCCUGUGUUGAUGACAGGAAGCGACUCACCGAACUACAACUUCAUGUUGAGCCGCAGCAUCCAGGCCUGCAAGACCAACCCGGAGUACAUUUAUGUCAACCUGAAGGAUAUCCCACAGGCAGACCUGCCAAAGAACAGGAAAGUGCCGACGGACGGUUACGCCUGCGAACUGAGAUGUCAGGGCGUGUAUCUGGCAACCGGAUAUUCCGGCAGCAAAAACGGCGCAAGAGACCGCGCAUCCGAGCAAGCUGUGAAGCUCUUCCUGAAGCCGGUGGAGGUCCGCAUUGUGCAGCGUCGAUACCGACACCUGGUGGUCAGUGACAUGGUUGUGUGCCAGACACACAGCCCGACGCCUGCGUUCCUGCCGGCGCUCCGAAACCCAGAGGACAAGCCGAUGCCGGGCUCCAAGGGCCAACAUGAGCCCGACCGAAACAAGCACUGGACCGAGUUUGUGGUGAUGGACAACGCGUACGACGCCAUCUGCAUUCUGAACAACUCCAACGCCUUCAACCGCAUGAAGAUUGACUACAAGUUUGUCCAGCUGCCCAGCAACCUGUGGCAGUGCAGCAUCUUCCUGCAGGACGAGCUGAUAGCGCAGGCGACUGGGACGAAGAAGAGCUCCAAACAUGCCGCCGCCGAGGAGGCCGUGAGGAAGCUUCGCCUCAACCAAGCACAACGGCAGCCCUGGCAGAAACAGUCCUUCAGAAAUAAUCCGCAGGAUUCUGGCAACUUCUUCCUGCCACAGUCGGAAGUCGAUUCUUUUGGAGUCAAAAAGAAGCAACUGAGCGAGCUUGUGAUCUUGGAGAAUAACGAUAACGCCAUCUGCAUUAUCAACGACACGGCUCAGUUUAACAAAGUGACCGCAGAUUACAGAUUCUCGGUUUUGCCCGAUCAUCACUGGAAGUGCGAAGUGUACCUGGAAGGGCAGUACGUCGCAGCGGGAGUCGGGCCGAAGAAGUUAGUGAAGCACAUUGCGGCGAAUGAGGCGUUGUCCACCUUACGACAGACUCAGGCGGUCGUCAAGUCCAACUUGAGGAAGGAGGGACACAACGGCGCCAUUUCCCGCUCUCAGAUCCUCGCUCGCUCAGGCGAGGAUGCGCUGAAGCAGGAGAUCAAGGAGGACAACAUCGGAAACCAGCUGCUGCGUAAGAUGGGCUGGAAAGGCGGCGGCCUCGGCCGGGACGGCGAUGGCAUCGCCGAGCCAAUCAGAGUCAAGGAGCAGUUCUCCAGGGAGGGUCUGGGCAUGGAAAUGGUUAAAGCGGGAAACCUGCUCAGCAAGCGGGACAUUGAGGACGUCAUCCGCAACUACGCCAGCUCGGACAGAACGGACGACCUCCGCUUCUCCAACGAACUCACCGACGACGAGCGCAAGCAGAUUCACCAGAUUUCCCAAAAAUACGGCCUGCGCAGCAAGUCCUACGGACAGGGAUGGGACCGGUUUCUGGUCGUCAGUCGGAAAGUACACAAAGACCAGCUGAUUGGUCAGCUUUUACAGGAAGGACAGGUGGGCCGAUACGAGCUCGUCAAGCCUCAGGCGUCUCAUUAAAGUGCAUGAAAAUAAAUUGGAAAUAUCCACCGAGUUGGACUUCAAAGCAUAACACAGCAAGGCCCGGUUCGGACAUGGCAGCAGCAUGCGUCCUGGCUUUAUAUUUCACCAUUUAUACCUGAUACUAGGGAUCAUUUAGCUCACAGAUAUCAAACUCCAGUCCUCAAGGGCCACUGUCCUGCAGUUUUUAGAUGUGUCACAGGUUCAAAACGUUGGAA